CGCGUGUGCCAGUCACGUCGGGCGAACUGAUCCUCGGUUCACGGUGAGAGAACUGACUCGUACCGGGGAUGUACCAAGGAGGGAAAGGAGCGGGACUUGGAACUUCCCUGAGAGUGCAAAGACAAUGCUGAAAGGAGUAACAAGGCUUGUCUCCAGGGUCCAUAAGUUGGACCCUGGACGUGUUUUGCACUUGGGGACCCAGGCACCUCAAAGCAUUGCUGCCCACCUGGAUAACCAGGUUCCAGUUGAGAAUCCCAGAGCUAUUUCCCGCACUAAUGAAAGUGACCCAGCCAAGCAUGGGGAGCAGCAUGCAGGGCAGCACUACAAUAUCCCCCUCCAGGAUGUGAAGACGGUGUUUCCCCAUGGCCUCCCUCCUCGAUUUGUAAUGCAGGUGAAGACAUUUGGUGAAGCUUGCCUGAUGGUAAGGAAACCUGCCCUUGAGCUUCUGCAUUACCUGAAAAACACCAAUUUUGCUCAUCCAGCUGUCCGCUAUCUUCUCUAUGGAGAGAAAGGAACAGGAAAAACCCUCAGUCUUUGCCAUGUCAUUCAUUUCUGUGCAAAACACGACUGGCUUAUACUGCAUAUUCCAGAUGCUCAUCUUUGGGUGAAAAAUUGCCGGGAUCUUCUGCAGUCCACCCACAACAAACAGCGCUUUGAUCAACCUGUAGAGGCUUCAACAUGGCUGAAGAAUUUUAAAACUACAAAUGAACGCUUCCUGAGCCAAAUAAAAGUUCAAGAGACAUAUAUCUGGAAUAAGAGAGAAAGCACUGAGAAAGGCAGUCCUCUCAGCGAAGUUGUUGAACAGGGUAUAACACGGGUGAGGAAUGCCACAGAUGCGGUUGGGAUUGUGCUGAAGGAACUAAAGAGGCAGAGUUCUUCAGGAAUGUUUCAUCUCCUGGUUGCAGUGGAUGGAAUCAAUGCUCUCUGGGGAAGGACCACACUGAAAAGAGAAGACAAAAGUCCUAUUGCACCAGAGGAGCUAGCACUCAUUCACAACCUGAGAAAGAUGGUGAGGAAUGACUGGCAUGGAGGUGCCAUUGUGUUGACUUUGAGCCAGACUGGGUCACUUUUUAAGCCUAGGAAAGCCUAUCUGCCUCAUGAGCUGCUGGGAAAGGAAGGAUUUGAUGCCCUGGAUCCCUUUCUUCCCAUCCUGGUUUCUAAUUAUAACCCAAAGGAAUUUGAAAGUUCUAUUCAGUAUUACUUAGAGAACAGUUGGCUUCAGCAUGAGAAAGCUCCUACGGAAGACGGAAAGAAGGAGCUGCUGUUCCUGAGUAACGCCAACCCUGGGCAGCUGGAGAGGCUCUGCGCCUACCUCUAAGCCUGGCCCCAUGUGUGGAAGACAAUGGAUAUUUCCUUCAGCUUAACUCAGUCCUGGGGGGAAGCCACAAGUUCCAGGAAGAGCAGCCAGGCUUCUGUACUUGCAGGAUGAGGCAGGUCUGCAGUUGGCUCUGGUCUUCACUAAAGGGGUUUCCUGUGAAAUGACUGUGAGCUCAUGGCAAGAGGAUGUCCUCUUGUUUCUAAAACUAAUACCAGUUUUUGGGUGUGGUUUUCACAUUUAAGAUAAUCAUGAAUCUUUUC